AUGGCCAUUGAGGAAGGAGAAGAGAACAACAAGCACAGAGAACAAAGUAUAUUGAAAGCAGCUUUCCCACCAGAUUCCCCGAUCCUUUGCUUUCAUUCUCAACCGUUGCAUUGGACCACCGGCGUGCUCCACCAUGUCAGAGUGGCUGUGGACAACAGCUCCAAGAUCACCACCAAGGACUUAAAGGAAAAGAAGGAAGUUAUGGAGGAGGCAGAAAAUGGAAGAGAUGCUCCUGCCAACUGGAAUGCUAAUGAGGAAAAUGGAGAGCAGGAGGCUGACAAUGAAGUAGAUGAAGAAGAGGAAGAAGGCGGGGAAGAAGCAGAGGAGGAGGAAGGUGAUGGUGUGGAAGAGGAUGGAGAUGAAGAUGAGGAGACUGAGGCAGCCACAGGCAAAUGGGCAACUGAAGAUGGUGAUGUUGAUACCAAGAAGCAGAAGACUGAUGAGGAUGACUAG